CUCCAGACGGUGCCAGACGGUGGCUGUCGCCAUCGGCCGGCGUCCACACAGCAUGCGACGUGUCGCAUGCCUCGGUGUUGGGGCAGAGCGUUUCUCGAGACGUCCUCCGGCCGCUGCACCGUGCGUGCGCCGUUCCGGCACACAGACCCAGACAGCAGGGGGUCUUUCUGCGCUCCGCCGGCUACUGCGGGGCGCUUUCCCCCCGGAGGUGGCUACGUGCUGUCCAGUGUUGCCUGAGGGGCUGCUGCUGCGCCCUCUAUGCUGUCUGUGGCCCCGUCUGCUCUCUAGACUGUCGCCUGUUCUUCUGUCGCCACCUGGCCCUGUGGUUCUCUGCUCCGGGACGCCUCACAUUCCCGCGACACUGCUCGGAACAGGGGGGGGGACGUAGGCUGACACGGCGCGCUUACCUAAGCGGCGACGAUCGGGCCCGCUGCUUGGCGGCGCGGCGGCCGCGAACUCCGAGCCGUUGGCACUUCUCGGAGCAGAU